UGUCAUGUGACUCGCCUGUGUUUACGGCGCCAUGAGCAAAAGGAACCAGGUUUCGUACGUGAAGCCCGCCGAGCCGGCCUUCCUGAGCCGCUUCAAGCAGCGAGUCGGGUACAGGGAGGGACCGACGGUGGAAACCAAGAGAGAGCAGCUCCCUGUUGAUGAUGAUGAUAAUGAUGAUGGAAGUGACAAGGAAGAUGAGCAGCCACAGGUGAUUGUACUGAAAAAAGGGGAUCUGACUGCAGAAGAAGUAAUGAAGAUCAAAAAAGAAAUGAAAGAGGAUUCCAAUGUUACAGGGAUAGGAAAAGCUUGGAGGAGAGGAGAAUUAACUUUUUCAACUAGAACUCCCAGGAUCCUGUUGCAAGCAAGGAUCCUGAACCAGGGGAUGGGAAGAUUGUAUUCAGGAAACCUACCAAGCGUUUGUCAGAAGAGAAGUAUUCUGGUUUGACAGCCACAUCAAGUAAGAAGAAAAAAGAGACAAAGAGAAUUUCUCCAACCUCCCAAAAUACAAGCAAGCAAAUAAAAAAUAGUAGCUUGCUUUCCUUUGAUGAAGAAGAGAGUGACGAUUAGCAGCAGGGAGUUAAGCUAAGGGCAUCGUGGAAACAAACACAGAGCCUGAGACUUUUAAAAAAUAUUUUAAAAUAUUGGCCAGUCUUAUAGCUGUAGAAGGGGGUGUGUGUCAAAAAAUAAAAUUCUUACAAGUAAUAAUUUUAAUUUACCAUGCACAUUGCAUGAGAUCUUUGAAUGUGCGUAUACAUUUUCAAACAGAUGUCUCUGCCGUCCAUUCACCCUUUUUUGUUUCUGCAGCAGUUUCAUUGUCAAAAGAUGGCACCUAUGUGUAUGUUUUUGCCCAGUUACACCUACUAGGAGAGGAAGAUCUGUUUAUUGUGGACUAAAAAUGUGAAACAUUGCCUUGGCAAAGUUUUCUGUGGUAUCUCAAAGGAUUGAAAGUUCUGUUGGGAUUCUGAUCACACUGAGUAGAUUGAUUUCAAAAGAGACGCCCUGCCACAGAGUCCUUUGGUGGAAAAAUGUUUGGAAGUUCACUGUGUUCUGUAACCAAGAAUGGAUUUUGUGUUGCUAUGAAACAAGUAGCAGGAUUAACAAUGUAAAGCUUCAUCAAGGAGCAGAUCUGAAGUUGCUGUGUGCAACAGCUGUUUUUCAUAUAGCUGAUAUUUUAAUGCCAAGAUUAAAUGCUUGUAAAAUUAUUUUCUGUUUAAUUCAGUUUUCAUCUGCUGUUCAUUGGGAAAUAAAAUGAAGUUCUCAGUCUGUU